AUGGAGAUUGUAGACAGACUAGCAGUUUUCCCGACAUCCAGCUCGCAUACAAAUGUGAAAUGCCGUUUGACCUGCGCCCGUAGGGGUCGCGAUUUGCUUUCGAAACGGAUCGAUGGUCUCUUAAUUCGAUUUCGCCAGAUUAUGUUGCAAUUACUCAAGAAUAAAUCGCAGCUUGGCCAAGUUAUGAGAGAGGCGGCCUUCUCGUUGGUCGAAGUUAAUUACGCGACAGGUGGAGUAAACGAGCUGGUCCUACAGGCGGUCGACAAGGCCAAAACCAAGAUUCGAUCCAGAGAGGAAAUGAUCGGUGGGAUUCGACUAUGGAUUUACGAGGCCUUCCGCAGUGGUGCCGAUCCCUUCAAAUUUAUUGGAUUGGCCAGAGGCGGUCAACAAGUGAUUAUGUGCAUUUAG